AUGACAGCGAACAACAAGAUGUUGUACUUUUCUCUUCAGGCAUUGAAGGCGGCGCUGCCAAAGGCGGUUGUCAAGGGAAUCCCCUCUACCAAGCGCUCCGUCCUCAACAAGAAAGAAGUCGGCGACAAGGUUUCCUACACGCUGCUCGUCGAAGGAUAUGGCUUGCGGGAGGUCAUGGGAACGCCCGGGAUCAACCCGAACAAGACCAGCUCCAACCAUGUGGUGGAGGUGGAGAAGGUGCUUGGGAUCGAGGCAGCUCGUCGCACCAUCAUGCAGGAGAUCAAAGUCACGUUGGGCGCACAUGGAAUUUCAGUGGAUGCGCGACAUAUCCAGAUGCUCGGCGACUGCAUGACAUACCGAGGAGCGGUGCUGGGCAUCAACCGAUUCGGCAUAAGCCGAAUGCGAACAUCGGCCUUGAUGCUGGCGUCCUUUGAGCGGACCACGGACCUUGUCUUCGAUGCUGCAGCGCGCAGCCGCGUGGACCCCGUGAAGGGCGUCAGCGAGUGCAUCAUCAUGGGCUCCACGAUCAACUUGGGCACUGGCCUUUGCAAGCUGCUCUAUGAUUUCAAUGCCCAG